AUGCAUGUGCGUGUAUGUGGUUACUUACAUCUUACCACCUCUAUCUCGGCAUACUACGAAGGUGCGAACUCCUUGCCACUUCCCCAACCCCUGUCCAUCAAGGUGCCGGUGUUAGAGUCAGAGUCGUGCAUACUUAAUCGGUCGAAUUUGUGGGCGUUGGCUCUGGUGCUACCUGCGGUAUAUCUCAGCGAUAAAAGGAUUGAGAUGUCAGCACGACAACGUGCCCAAGCUCAG